UGGUUUGUGGGUGUGCGCUGAGAAGUAAAAUGGCGGACUUGGCAAACGAAGAGAAGCCUGCCAUAGCUCCUCCAGUGUUUGUGUUUCAAAAAGACAAGGCACAGAAGCGUUCUGCCGAAGGAUCCAGUGCAGAGGAUGGAGAAGACUCAGACAGGGAGGAUGGAGAAUACUGUCCUCCAGUAAAGAGAGAGCGAACCUCGUCUUUAACGCAGUUCCCGCCUUCACAUUCAGUUUCCAAGAAUAAUGUGUUUAUGCCCUCAAGUUUCUGCCAGUCUCCAACAGGCAACUCAGACUCAGAGCCAGAGGAGAAGCCAGUUGGGUUUCGGUUGAAACCUCCGACUCUGAUCCAUGGCCAGGCCCCCAGUGCAGGCUCUUUUGCAGGUGUUCCAAGUCAGAAGCCCAAGGAGCAGCAGCGCAGUGUCCUGAGACCUGCAGUUCUGCAGGCACCACCCACCAAGAUCCUCACAGAGCCCAGCAAGAGCAACGCAAGCUGUGGAACAAAUGGCGUGGGGAAGUUUUCAGAUGCAGCGACAGAAGGCCGGUCAAUUUUCAUGAACAACACAGACAGCUCAGACAAAUCACCGAAGAAAGACAAAGAAGGGGGAGAGAAUGGCGGAGAAAAAACGGAGGAGAGUGCACAGAGGAAGGAUGCGGUGGUCGACUCGGGUUUUGUGUUUGGGCAAAACAUCAAAGAGAGGGCAAAGUUGGAUGAGAGCAGCACAGUCAGUGAGUCUAAAGACUCAACACAGGACUCACAGUCUGGAAGUACUAAUUACUUCCUGCAGUACAUGGGAACUUCAAGCUCUCUGAAUGCUACCAAUAACACAGAAAAAGGAGCCAAGUUUGUUUUUGGCCAGAACAUGUCGGAGAGGGUGCUGAGUCCUCCAAAGGGCGGUGAAUCAACACCAGAGGGUGGUAAAGAUACAGCUUCAGCAUCAGAGCCCUCGUCACAGGAGACCACCCCAGAAAAGAAUCAUAGUGUGACGGAGUCUCUAGAGGAGUCAGCAGCAGCAUACACCAAAGCCACCGCCAAGAAGUGCAUUUUGGAGAAAGUGGAGGUCCGCACAGGAGAGGAGGCAGAGAGCAAUGUGCUACAGAUGCAGUGUAAGCUGUUUGUGUUUGAUAAGCCGGCUCAGUCGUGGAUCGAGCGAGGUCGAGGGCUGCUGAGACUCAACGACAUGGCCUCCACAGACGAUGGCACGUUACAGUCCAGAUUAGUGAUGCGCACCCAGGGCAGUCUGCGGUUGAUUCUGAACACUAAGCUCUGGGCUCAGAUGCAGGUGGACAAGGCCAGUGAAAAAAGUGUCCGCAUCACUGCCAUGGACACAGAGGACCAGGGCGUCAAGGUCUUCCUCAUAUCGGCCAGCUCAAAGGACGCAGGGCAGCUGGCAGCAGCGCUGCACCACCGGAUCCUUGCCCUGCGGAGCCGUGCUGAACAGGAACCUGAGAGCACACCUGUGCCACCUCAGACAGAGAUCCCGCAGUCCAACGAGGAGGACAGCGAUGACGAUGAACUUGCUAACAACAACAACAACAGCAGCAGCAGCAGCAGCAUCACCACUGCGGGGAACACCAGCGCCAGCGGCACCUCUGAAACUUCUGGCGAGCCCCCGGCAGCUGAGAGCACAUAACACCAUGCACAGCUGCCUGACUGAAAACUGCUAAACAGGGUUGGGUAUUUUGUUUUUUGUUUUUGUUUUUUUUCUCCCCCUGGGUGGACAGCCUUAACCACCGUGACUAUCAGCCCAGUGCUGUUGGGUCCUUCAGCUCCAACCCUGUAGCAGAGCUUCAGCAUCUCUCACAUAAAACUUGUGUAGUUCAUUUUCCCCACUUUUGCAUUUAUUGUAAAUCUGGAAUUCAGAAACAUUUUUUUAUCAUUUUGUUUGUUUAUUUUGGUUCUGUUUUAGUUUCCUGGACUGCAAACAAACAAAACAAAAAAAAACAGAAAAGAAAAACAGAGACUUUUCCAUUUAUGGGUUUGGACUUGGCUGCUCAUCAUAUUGAUGAGUGUGAGGGUAUUCCUCUCUCUGUUUUAAGAUACGGCACAUGUCACAACUGCAGUUUCUACCGCAGGACCUUUUUUUACUUUCUUGCUCUCCCACUUUCCUCUGUCUUUUUCCUCUUUCUAUCUCUCUCUCUCUCUCUCUCUCUCUCUCUCAUGCGCUCCUCCAUGACGUCAUUGCCCAAAAUCGUCCAGCAUCCAUUCAGUAGUUUCAUGUCUCUCAAACCUUGGACCCCCUUCCCCACCAUCACCCCUGUUUUUGAUAGCUGUAAUCUUUUGCUCUGAUUCUAACUUAUUUCCAAUGGUUCCACCAAGCAUCUCUGGUUUUUCCAUGCCAAUAUUCUUACUAGUCUGCUAUGAUGGUAGUUAGGUAGAUCUCUUAUUGAUGUAAUGAAUAAAGGACUAAACCAACACACGGACUGUGCUAUUGUGGAUCUCUGCUUCUAGAAUAACCCCAGCUCUGAGAAGAAGAAGAAGGAAAAAAAGACAAAAAAAGGGAAUUGACUUCGCCCGUCACCAUUAUGGAGUUACCAGCAUCUGCCUCGCAGGUUUGCAUAUGGACAGAUGUGCUUAUUUCUCUUUGAUUUGAAAAAGAUUACUGAAGUUUAAGUUGACAUCUCUACAGAUACUCAUUUUUAUUUUCCAUAUUCCGAAGGUUUGUAAUAUGUUAACUUUUUUAUUGUUUUAUUAUAUUAACUUUUUAUCCAUUUCAUGUCAUUGGAGACAGUACAGUGGAGAUUUUGUUUUUCUUUGUGUGUUGAAAUUUGGAGUGCAUUUAGAAACCCAAUAUGAAUACUGAACUUCUCAUGUAAAUUUCUAUGAAUAUAUUAUCAUUUAUUAGAACAUGUCUCCAAUCUCCUUUGCAAAAUAAAUAGUAAAAUCAGAGUUUAAAAAAGGAAAAACUUUGAAAUAAAUUUUUGUCUAAUGUCAAACGUGGUGCAUCAGUUACCUUGUUUUUCCAAAAAGAAAGAGGCUGGGUUUGUUAGUGAACAUUGAAAUGUCAAAGUUCUGAAAUGACUAGAGCUAAAUGUUUAACAGUGAACAAAGAUAUGCAGUCAUCAGCUAGCAAUGUUUUACAUAAUACCAAUUGGUGGUUCACACCUUUGUUCACUAGCGACAUUGUUGCUUCCCUAAAGAAACGUUUCAACAGCUACAGUUUUGGCUCGUCAGUGGAAGUAAGCGCACAUUGUUCAAUGUCAUUUUUAACAUUAGCUACUUUUGCAUUGAUAGAACUUUGGUUUGGGUUGUUAUUAUAGCACAGUUAAUUGUGAAAGAAGAUGAGCUUAACAACUGCAGUUCUGCUGAUAAUUUGGCUGGAGUAAUAGGGUGGUGUUUUUUUGUUUUUUUUUUAACUGCCCACCAGAGGGGGUCAGAGAUUACUGUUACUAGGGUAGUCCUAUCUGUUUCAUUUAUUGUAAUAGAUCCUUUGUACAUUGUAAUAAAUUAAGCUUUCCUUUA